UAGCUGUGCUGUUCUGCCUAGUUUUUAUUCAUUAGACGAGUGUGGGUCCGGGAGGUGGAUUACUUGACCCCUGGUUCCGUAGUUACCAAGUGGCUGACCCGUGAUUUGACCUUCAGCCUGCUUGGCUUCCAAGUCCAUUCUCUGGUCCGUCAGCCUGUACAGAGAAGUUGCUGGGCAGCUCUGGGUUCAAGAUUCAGGUAUAAUUCAGGUGAUCUCAAAGAGUCCAAUUUAGUUUUGUGUUAACGCUGAUUUAGUGUUUUCCUACAAAGCCCAGUUAGCCCAAGAUUUUGUCUAAAUGUACUUGACAAUUUCAGCAGUCACGAGAGCCUUCUUUUCACCAUCAGUGUUUAGGCCAGAUCUCAGUUAGCUGUGGCCACAGAACCACAGAUUGUACAUAAGCAAGACCUAAUCAGGCAAGUGUUUUCAGGUAUAAUGCGAUGUACCCUUCUUGGGACGAAUCGUGGUUCUGUAAGUGAAGAACAUCUAUGUAUACACCAUGUUGUGUUAAUUCAGCACAAAUUGAGAGGAUAUUUCUAAUUGAUUUCUCUACUUACUGAAUCCCCAGCCUGUGUUUCCCUUCUGGCUAAUACCUUUCCCUUGUUCUAGGAAGUUUUUUCUUUUUUUCCUAGAGUCUUUCUUCCUUCUUCCAUGAGUCUUCUCCAUUUUAUACUUCUUUCUCUGCUGUUCUCAGGGGUUUUUUUGUUGUUGUUGAUCUGUUGUUUUAUUCCACUUCUGCCAGCUAAGUAUUCUCCGUUUUUCUAGACAGAAUCAAAAGUACAUAGAAUUUCAGGGUUUUAACGAAUGUUAGCAAUUAAUUAUUCAAAACACCCAGUAGUUCUUCAUUCUGCCAUAAAUGUUUUGGUCAAGUGGUUAUUCACAUGGAAAGUUUGAAACUCAGAGAUUAUGUGACUUAUUUGAGUACAGUGAGUGAUGAAAUGAGAUUAAGUGUAGGUUUCUAAGCCCACUACACUUCCGUUGUUGUCAUCCUUUAGGUGAGUGUUUUAAUAAUGGAAAGGUCUAGUGAAUGCAGUGGAAGAGGAUAAGUAUGGAAUUAGCAAGGGAAUCCAAGUUUUAAGAGAAACAAUACUGGUUGGGAUAGGAAAAAGGCUUUUAGAAUAGAGAUCAGAGAUCAGAUAAAGGAAAAAAGAUGAGAAUAGUACGGUAUGACAAUUUAAAGAGAAAUUACAAGAAGGAAGGACAAAGGACGUUGGUAGUUUUCUGAAAAAGCAGAUUAAAAUAAGGGGUUCAAGGGCAUCCUGUACAGGUUGCUGCUUUUCUGUUUGUUGAAUUGGAGGAACCAGCCUAAUUUAAGAAUUUAUGAAAACAUAUUAAAGUAUUUGAGCCCCUGGAAACAUUCUCUUUAUAGCAAAUAGGAAUGUGGUAUCAUCCCCCUGCACCCCAACUUAGGGAGGCGGGCUUAUGUCCCCUCGAGUCCUAAGGCACUGGAGAUUGCUGAACUACACAGAUCUAUGGCCCACAGCAGGUGUCUCGUCACCUCCACCUCUUUUCCCUACGCGCUGAUAUCCUUCCCAUGUAUAUGGAGUGUUGGGCAGAGGGAAGACUGAUUGUCAAAACAAUAAUGGAGUUGGGUAGGUGGUAACAUGCCUGUGUUGGGAGUAUGUUAAUUAAAUCAAGCAAGAAACUUCAUUGAAUACAGAAACAGCUGACCUUUUACUUUUUUUGUUGUUGUUGUUGCUUUUGUAAAGAAAUGAACUCACUUAUUUUUGUUGUGUACCUUUACCCUAAAGUCUUACCUGCAAACCUGGCACUAAUGAUUCAAGGUCUGUAUCAGCUGAUGGACUCUUCGAUGUUGAUACCAAGAAAGAAGCAACCAAGCUGGCAAUUGGAAAAAGAGAAAAUCGUGUGGAUAUUAUUGAAAGUGCUCCACAAGACCAAACAAGCAAUGAUAAUUUGACUUGUGUUGAAGGAGCACACCAGAAUAAUAUAAGUGACGAGCAUUGAAGUGAAAGAUCCUGUUCCUCACAAACCUAUAGGAAUGAACAAUGUGCAGACCCCCAGACCAGAUUUAUCAGCAGGACAACACCGAGGAAUGACAUCAGAGGAAGGACAAGCGAGGCUUGAUGGAAACGAAAAGAACUACACACAUGUUGUACAAGAGGAAAACGACACUCAGAGGCCACUUUCCCAAGAACAGGACAACAGAAUAUUACAUGAUGCAAUUCUGACCAAUUGCCUUCAACAACAAAAGGAGACAGAAAUAAAUCUUAAGAAAAUGAAUUCUGAGGUUUCUGAGAGUUACAAAAAAGAAAAAGACCUGUUGCGUGAAAAUCACAUGUUGCAGGAUGAAAUCGCCAAACUAAGACUACAAAUGGGCACACCCAAAACUCAGAAUCAGGAAAUGGAAAAAAAAUACUUUGAGGACACUGCAAAUGCAAAAGAAAAGAAUGACUGUCUUCAAAAGACAAUAAAACUGAAUGAUGAAACACUAACAAAAACAGUAUUUGAAUAUAACAGACAGCUUAAUGUUCCAACAGCUGAGAAUACAAUGCUGAACUCUCAACUGGAGAAUGAAAGACAAAGCAAAGAAAGAUUGAAAACAGAAGCGGAAUCCGAUCAUCAUUAUGAGCUUAGUAAGCAAUUAAUAAGACAUCUACAAAAUGCUUUCCAGAGAUUAAGAGAUGAAUGCUUGCAUUUCAUGGACAAAAUCGCUAUGCGUAACCUAAAAGAAAAGAAGGAGAUUCUUUCUCAGCAACUUUCUAAAGCUGGAAGUAAAUUCAAUAGCUUAGACACUGAGCUCCCUCACACAAGAUAUGCUGUCAGAGAAAGGACAUUGGUUUUUGAACCUGUACUGAAAGACCGAAACCAAACUCAGUGUCAAGAGGAGGAAAUUGAACACAUGUAUCAAAGGGAACAAGGAAGAGUGAACACAUAUAUUGGAAAGCUGGAAUCCCUAAAGGAGAAAGGUUCUGACCUACAAAGUGGAAAUAUGCUUGUUCGACGGCAACUGGAUGAUGCGUUCAACAAAAGUGACAAUAAUGAAAACUCAGGAAUGAAUAUUGAAGAGCAGCUUCAGGAGCUCAAAAAAGUGCUUCAAGCUGAAUGUGAAAAACAAGAGCGUAUGGUGAAAGAGAGACAUAAGGAGUUGGUCAACAAAUUGAAUCACUUGAAAGGAAGAAUGUGCCAGUAUGAAAACGAUAAAUCAGAAAGAGAAGUGGUUGGGAGACAACUUCAACAAGAGCUACCUGACUCCAUAAAAAAACUGCCUGUGUCAGAGGCUUCACUGGAGGUUAGAUCACAUUACCGUAUGCGUUCAGAAGCUGAGACACAGGAUUUCAAGACAUUAGAGCACAUCAGAAGUCAG